ACCAUUCAAUUCAUCACACCACGACAACCACCAGCUUUCCAUAAUACCGGUAUGACAGUACGAGUGAUACCCCAACCUCACUACUCGCCAUAUACGGAAUAUACGGUCUGCACCCUACCACAUAGCUACCAUGCCCCCAGCACUCCCCAUACCUGCCUCCAAGCUCUGCGAAUCCUGUCGCUCCACCCGAGCCCUAAUCUCCCGACCCAAAACCCACCAAAAGCUCUGCAGGCUCUGCUUUCUCGCCACCUUUGAGUCCGAAAUCCACGCUACAAUAGUAAGCACAAACCUCUUCACGCGGGGGAGUCGUGUUGCAAUCGGGGCCUCGGGGGGCAAAGACAGCACCGUUCUUGCGAGCGUGUUAAAGACUCUCAAUGAGCGCUACGACUACGGCGUCGAGUUUGUUCUGCUAAGUAUUGAUGAGGGAAUUAAAGGUUAUAGGGAUGACUCCCUAGAGACGGUGAAGAGGAACGCUGUUCAGUACGGGAUGGAGUUGGCUAUUGUCAGUUAUAAAGAGUUGUAUGGGUGGAGUAUGGACUCGGUUGUUGAGAGUAUUGGGAAAAAAGGGAAUUGCACUUAUUGCGGGGUCUUUCGACGGCAAGCAUUGGAUCGAGGGGCCGAGAGGUUGGGCAUUAAUCACGUGGUUACGGGGCAUAAUGCGGAUGACAUUGCGGAGACAGUGUUGAUGAAUUGUGCCUAGCUUCGCACCCACCUUGUCGAGUUCUUGGGCUAAUUCUCCGCGCAGUACUGAGAGGCGACCUCCCCCGACUCCACCGUUGCACAUCGAUAAUCACAUCCUCCACAUCCUCGCCUAUAGCUCGCAGCAAACCUCUUAAAUACGCCUACGAAAAAGAAAUCGUCCUCUAUGCACUGCAUAAGAAAUUGGAUUACUUUUCGACAGAAUGCAUAUACUCCCCUGAAGCCUUCCGUGGCAGUGCAAGAACACUGAUUAAGGCGCUUGAGAAAGUUCGCCCAUCAGCCAUCCUAGACAUCGUCCGGUCAGGCGAGGCGUUUUCCACAAUGAUACCCACCCAAGCUCAAACGCUGGAUGCCAGGCCACCCCAAGAAUCGGGUGUGGAAGCAGAUAUCGGAGACGGCGAUGCGGGAUGCAGUAAUGGGGGAGCGGGGCGGUCGUCUGGUGGUGAAAUGGAAGUUAUGGAGAAGGCGCUUGUAGCCGAGAUGUCUGGGCUAGAGACUCAGAUUAUUCCUACGCCCUAUAUCGCCCCGGGCAAACCGAAGAAAACGAAGCAAACGCCCAAGAAAAUUCGCGAGCAGAAGAUGUCGAAUUGCACACGUUGCGGGUAUCUGACCUCACAGAAACUAUGUAAGGCUUGUACGUUGCUAGAAGGUCUGAAUAAAAAUCGGCCCAAAACGGUAGUGGAGGUUGAAGCCGAGAUCGAAGAUGAAGAGGCUAGCUCGAGCUUACGGCGUGGGAUGGAAGCCAUAAAGCUGGCGGAGGAGGUGAUUAUGAGUUGAAGUAUGAUAUCAUACUUCAACGGUUACAAUACGGCGCUUGCUGAUAUUAUUCCCGGAAACACAUGAGGGCGCUUAUGCAAAUAUUUGUAUUGUACAUUGAGUUGAGUUGAGUUGGCUAGAGCAUUCUAAAGUAAACAUGUACUAUAUGAUAAGACAGACAGAUGGGUAGGAUACUAGUACCACUAAAUUUGGAUAAUUCCAUUAUAAUU